GGUUUGUUGAGUCAGAUCCCGAGUACCCGAAUCUCUGGUUUGGAUCUUAUUCAAACUCUCCUUUUGGCCAUUUUCACUUAUGUUAACUAUCAUAGAUAUCAAAUCAACUUAUUAAAAGGAAAACCCUAAUUCCAUUUAUAGCUUCCUUUUCUGAAUUCAUAAGAAACCAAUAUUAGAUCGCUUCUUCACUAGGUCAAGAGUGGUAAUGCAGGCUUUGAUCCAUUGACUUGAUCCGUUGAAUUGCUCCCUUUAAGUUAAUUAAUUUGUUUUUGAGCUGAAACGAUGGCGCAGAGUAAUUGGGAAGCAGAUAAGAUGCUUGAUGUUUAUAUAUAUGAUUAUUUGGUAAAGAAAAAACUGCAUGUCACUGCAAAGUCCUUCAUGACAGAAGGGAAAGUCGCCCCGGAUCCAGUAGCGAUUGAUGCUCCCGGUGGGUUUCUUUUUGAGUGGUGGUCUGUCUUUUGGGACAUAUUUAUAUCGAGAACAAAUGACAAGCAUUCAGAGGCUGCUGCAGCAUACAUAGAGGCACAACAAAUCAAGGCAAAGGAGCAACAGCAGUUGCAGAUGCAGCAGUUGCAACUGAUGCGUCAAGCUCAGAUGCAACGCAGGGAUCCUAAUCAUCCUUCUUUAGGUGGUCCUGUAAAUGCAACUGGCUCUGAAGGAAUGCUAGGGCAGUCAAAUGCAAGUGCAUUGGCAGCAAAAAUGUAUGAAGAGCGCAUGAAACACCCAAAUGCAAUAAAUUCAGAGACAUCCCAGCCACUUCUUGAUGCUAGGAUGGCCCUCUUAAAAUCAGCUACAAAUCAUCCUGGUCAGUUGGUUCAAGGAAAUCAAGGAAGUGUAACUGCAGCAUUGCAACAAAUUCAGGACAUUAAGGGUGACGUGAAUUUGGGCGGUCCACAGAGAGCCAUGCCCAUGGAUCCCUCCUCAAUUUAUGGACAGGGAAUCAUGCAGUCAAAACCUGGAAUAGGAAAUUCAGGUUUGAACCCUGGAGUUGGUAGCCUUCCGUUGAAGGGUUGGCCAUUAACCGGCAUUGAUCAAAUUCGGCCAAAUUUAGGUGCUCAAGUGCAAAAGCCAUUCAUACAGAAUGCAAACCAGUUUCAGCUUCUGCCGCAGCAGCAACAACAACAGGUCUUAGCACAGGUCCAGACACAAGGAAAUAUGGGUAGUUCCCCUAUGUAUGGAGAUAUGGAUCCUCAAAGAUUUUCAGGACUAUCUCGAGGCACCUUAAAUGCAAAAGAAGGCCAGCCAAUUGUCAAUGAUGGAUCUAUAGGUUCUCCAAUGCAAUCAACUUCAUCAAAACAGAUGAACAUGCCACCAAUAAGACAAUCUUCCUCUCAACAAGACCCAUUGCAGUCACAACAUGUGCAACAGAAUAACCGGAAAAGAAAAGGGGCUUCAUCUUCUGGUGCCGCUAAUAGCACCGGUACUGGAAACACUGUGGGUCCUUCUAACUCUCAGCCAUCAACCCCAUCAACCCAUACACCUGGUGAUGCAGUAGCUGCAGUUAGCAAUAUGCAGCACGGUAGUAGCAUGUCCAAAAAUUUGAUGAUGUAUGGAUCUGAUGGAACGGGUGGUAUUGCAUCAUCAACCAACCAGCUGGACGACAUGGAACAUUUUGGAGAUGUUGGCUCCUUGGACGACAAUGUGGAGUCUUUUCUCUCACAUGAUGAUGGAGAUGGGGGGAAUUUGUUUGGCACCCUAAAACGAAAUCCUUCUGAACAUGCUACUGAGACUUCAAAGGGUUUUGGCUUCAAUGAAGUUGGUUCAAUACGUAAAAGCAAUGGCAAAGUCACCUGUUGUCAUUUCUCUUCUGAUGGAAAGCUAUUGGCCAGUGCUGGGCAUGACAAGAAGGCUGUUCUUUGGAACAUGGAAACUCUGGAAACUGAAUGCACACCUGAGGAACACACUCAUAUUAUAACUGAUAUUCGCUUCAGACCAAAUUCCACUCAGCUGGCAACAUCUUCUUUUGAUACAACAGUGCGAGUUUGGGAUGCUGCACAACCAAGUUAUUGCAUGUGGAAAUAUACAGGGCAUACGGCACAAGUUAUGUCCCUUGAUUUUCACCCUAAGAAGAAUGAUCUUUUCUGCUCUUGUGAUGGUAACAGUGAGAUUCGCUUUUGGAACAUCAAUCAGUAUUCUUGCACUCGUAUCUCCAAGGGAGGCUGCAGUAAUGUCAGAUUUCAACCAAGAAUAGGACAAUUUCUAGCUGCGGCAGCGGAGACUGUUGUGUCUAUUGUGGAUGUUGAGACUGACAGAAGAACACAGUUAUUGCAGGGGCACAAUACAGAGGUUCACUCUAUUUGUUGGGACACAAAUGGAGACUUUUUAGCAUCUGUCAGUCAGGAUUCUGUUAGAGUGUGGUCGCUGGCCUCUGGAGAGUGCAUUCAUGAGCUCAAUUCUAGUGGGAACAAGUUUCAUUCUUGUGUUUUUCAUCCUAGCUUUCCUGCUCUCUUGGUUGUUGGUGGUUAUCAGUCACUGGAGCUUUGGAACACAGCUGAGAACAAGUGUAUGACAAUUCCGGCCCAUGACUGUGUUAUAUCAGCCCUGACACAGUCUCAAGUUACAGGGAUGGUUGCCUCUGCCAGUUACGACAAAUCCGUCAAAAUAUGGAAAUAACUGUGUCAGCCAGCUUUUAGGUGGAUCCGAUCUUCCAUUAGCAACUCUUCCAUUUCCUUUAGUUCGAUAUUUUCAGUUGAUUUACUUUGGGCUAAUUUCUUUCACAAGGUUUUAAUAAGGUGGAUUGUUAGUUUUUCAUAACUCAUCAAUGGCGGGUUUGCAGUGUUGCAUUGUGGGAGUGCUAUAUAUUCUGAAUUUGUUCAAACAUCAGAGACACACAGGUAAUUUUUGUUGUGGCUUGGGGAUUGCUCUGAUAUAGAAGAGGUUUUGGGACAUUUUAAUAUGUACAUUUACUUAGGCGAUAGAGUUUACUUAUUAUCCAAGAAUAAAAUCUGUCAAAGUGUGACUUAAUUUGAGAAAUGAAAAUAUUGUGUUAAAUGAUAGACAAAA